AUGAGAGAAAUCGUUCACAUCUAGGGUGGUCAAUGCGGUAACCAAAUUGGUGCUAAGUUCUGGGAAGUCAUUUCCGAUGAACACGGUAUCGAUCCCACUGGUACCUAUCAUGGUGACUCCGAUUUGCAAUUGGAAAGAAUCAACGUUUAUUACAAUGAAGCUACUGGUGGUAGAUACGUCCCCAGAGCUAUCUUGAUGGACUUAGAACCUGGUACCAUGGACUCCGUCAGAGCUGGUCCUUUCGGUCAACUCUUCAGACCUGAUAACUUCGUUUUCGGUCAAACUGGUGCUGGUAACAACUGGGCUAAGGGUCACUACACCGAAGGUGCUGAAUUAAUUGACUCCGUUUUGGAUGUUGUCAGAAAGGAAGCUGAAGGUUGCGAUUGCCUCUAAGGUUUCUAAAUCACCCACUCCCUCGGUGGUGGUACUGGUUCUGGUAUGGGUACCCUCCUUAUUUCCAAGGUCAGAGAAGAAUAUCCUGAUAGAAUCAUGGAAACCUUCUCCGUCGUCCCCUCUCCCAAGGUCUCUGAUACCGUCGUUGAACCCUACAAUGCCACCCUUUCCGUCCAUCAAUUGGUCGAAAAUGCUGAUGAAUGUAUGGUCAUCGAUAACGAAGCUCUUUACGAUAUCUGCUUCAGAACCCUCAAGCUCACCACCCCCACUUAUGGUGAUCUUAACCACUUGGUCUCUGCUGCCAUGUCUGGUGUUACUUGCUGUCUCAGAUUCCCUGGUCAAUUGAACUCCGAUCUUAGAAAGCUCGCUGUCAACUUGAUUCCCUUCCCUCGUCUCCACUUCUUCAUGAUUGGUUUCGCUCCCCUUACCUCCAGAGGUUCUCAAUAAUACAGAGCCCUCACUGUUCCUGAAUUGACCUAAUAAAUGUUCGAUGCCAAGAAUAUGAUGUGCGCUGCUGAUCCCAGACACGGUAGAUAUUUGACUGCCUCCGCUCUCUUCAGAGGUAGAAUGUCCACCAAGGAAGUCGACGAAUAAAUGCUCAACGUCUAAAACAAGAACUCUUCUUACUUCGUUGAAUGGAUUCCCAACAACAUCAAGUCUUCCAUUUGUGAUAUUCCUCCUAAGGGUCUUAAGAUGGCUGUCACCUUCGUUGGUAACUCCACUGCUAUCCAAGAAAUGUUCAAGAGAGUCGCUGAAUAAUUCACUGCUAUGUUCAGAAGAAAGGCUUUCUUACAUUGGUACACUGGUGAAGGUAUGGACGAAAUGGAAUUCACUGAAGCUGAAUCCAACAUGAACGAUCUCGUCUCCGAAUAUCAACAAUAUCAAGAUGCCACCGCUGAAGAAGAAGGUGAAUUCGAAGAAGAAGAAGGUGAAAACUGA